UCGCAGACUUGCCGUAGCAGAACGUUGUUCAAGAAAUAAAAUGCCAAAUCUUGGGACAAUAGCCAAGGUUAUUAUGGCGUGUUUCAUGUUUGUUUUCUCUGCCCUUCCUUGCUGAGGUGGUGCUGCCCAUGGCAGUGCCCGGAGCCCUUGGCCUGAUGUCUGCCACUGUUUUUGCUGCAAGCAAGGCCAAAGAAAAUAACACCACUCUAAUGACUAAUGAGCUUUCACUCUAUGAUACACCUGAGUCCCAGCUGAGGUACGAGGAGCCCGAGGUCGGUACUGUUGAACAGGGUGUAGCAUCUCUGAGGAAGACAGUGGAACCUUAUGUUUCAUGGUGUCAGGAAAAUACACAUUUUGCCGUGGAGAAAAUACAGUCUUACUACAAGACAGUUGAGCCUGUUGUGAAUACCACCCAUAGUAUUGUAAAAGAUAUGUAUGCAUUUUUGAAUUACCCUCCAUCUGAGUUCUAUGCCAGUGUGGGUGUUAUAGGAUUCUCUGGAAUUCUGGGACUUUAUUUAGCAAAAGGCAGCAGAGUCAGGAUGCUGAUGUUCCCCACUGGGCUGAUGGCUCUGAGUGCCUCCAUGUUCUACCCACAGCAUGCCGCUUCUGUUGCCAGGACCACAAAACACUGCAUAUUUUCCUGGGGUUCAGAAGGGCGAGUUGUUUUGGAGGAACUGCUGAGAGGGAAAUCAUCAUCCAAGGACAAAGUUGAGAAGACACAGAAAACAGCCAGCCAAAAAUCAAGUUGAGACAGCAGUAAGUUUUAUUAGGAGUUCCUGCUUUGCACCUGGAUUCUGUUCUCUUAUCAGUGCACUGAUCAGUUUGGUAUUUGCUAUAUUAUUGUGUUGGUUGUGUUUACUGGGACUGUAUAUUUGUGUUUUCUGUGCACUGUAUAAAUGUACUUUUGCACAUAAAUGUACACUGCAGCAGUAAGCAGUUGGACCAACCUGAAAAAGAGAGCUACAUACCUGACUUGCACUGAAAAUUCCAGACAUUUUUCAACAACUCGGUGACUUUUAGGUCUUACUGAUGGUUCCUAUUGUAUUUCCAGAAUUUUCUAUACCAGUGUUGUUGCAUUCUCUAGAAAUUUCCUGUGCCACUAUACAAAGAUCAAACUUCAAACUUGCAUAAGUUUUUAUAAUCUUCACACACUUAUGAUUUCACAAACCUCAUUAAUAAGAGUCUGCCCCAUGUAUCAUGAACCUAGUCUGGACAUAAACAAAGGGAUAUUCUGCAAAGUACAGUAUUCUCCAGGAAAGUUAUACAGUGCAUUCUGUGUUCAUUCACUAUUCAGUGCAGAUAGUCAUCUGUGUUUUUAUCCUUUUAUCACUAUGACUUUGACCACUAUGACUGGGAGGAAAGCCUGAAGGUGUUAACUUAUGCAUAUAAUUAGGGCCGUAGCUAGGGAAUUCUGGGCCCCUUGAAAAAAUAUUGAUGCGGGCCCCCUAACAGGUGAGGUAAACGUUCAGGAAUGUGAAAGAAUGCAGUCACAUGUAAAAUAAAACCACUUCAAAUGAUCAUUGUCUUCAUUUUUGAUGAAGAUAAUAAGCUACUGCAUAAUAUUUUAUUAAAUAAAGUUAAUAAAUGUGUCCAUCAGUGCAGUGAGUUGUAUUGGCGUUUUAAAUGUAAUUUUUUUUUUUUUUCAACGGUGUAGUUAUCUUAAAUAUAGGCUAUCACAUCUGAAAAAUCCAUGUGAACUCAUGCAAUUGUUUGGCCGGUGAGCGCCAGUAUAAUGAGAUGUACCAGCAUGACGGCGCGGGCAGCAGCUCUUAGGUGUCCUAUUCCUGCAAAAGUAAAUCGGGCAGCGAAAUUAUCAGGUGCACGGCAUCCAAUCACAACGACAUCCCUACAGUGCACUAACUUGUCUUGCAAAAGAACGUUUGAUUUAAGCUGUUCUCCUCCUGGCCUCCCUCUCCUUUUCAUGACGUUACUGGUACCCAGCAUUUUCAGUCAGUCUCAUUUCCACUGUAGCUUUACUUGUAACUUCAACUG